UAGCAACGGUCCAUCUGGGUCCUGGAUGGAACCCUCGCCAUGGAGCCUCGCGCGGACUGUGCCUUGGCGGCCAACGAACCGUCGUAAAUGGUGGAUACAGACGCCUUGCCUCUCAUACGAACAAGAACUGCCUCAGAAAUAAGACGGGCGUCUUGGCUAGCGGCAGUACAUAGCUUAAAGCUGUGGUUUAUACUGUUUUUGUAUGUUAUGGGGAGAACCGUUCCAUGUCCAGGCCCCAUAAUCCGGCGCAGGGUCUCGCGAAAUGGGAUCACUUUUACACAAGCUUUCUGGCUCUUGCUCUCCGGUCCCGGCUAUCGCAGAGCUUUUUGCCCACUGACUCAGGUAUCCGCUUUGUCUGAUUAUCGAGCUGUUGGGCCAGGAUUGUUGUGUAACAUCGGAGAGGGCUGUUAGUGUUGCAGCAUCACCACAAAAUUAUAAAGUGGUGUUGGCUCCCGGUUCCCUCUAUUUUACCCUUCCUUCUGCUCCCCUUGUUUAGGCUGUAUAAUCGAAUGCUUCUAGAAAUAUUCUAGGCCUACCCACCCUUGCAUAAGACAUACAUAACCGUAGUAUAGUACGG